CCAGGGUAUAUAAGCUCCAGGUCUGUUCCCAGAGAGCAUCACCUUCUCGAUCGCCUUAGCCAUCACCACCACUACUACCACCGACAUGAAGCUCGUACUCCUCGCCUGCCUGGCCACCGCCACCCUGGCUGCCCCUCAGACGUACGGAGGUAGUGACAACAGGCCACAGUACCCGCACAUCGCCAUCCUCAGGGACGAGCGGGUGGAUCAUGGCGAUGGCAACUUCCGCUACGAAUUCGAAACUGAGAAUGGCAUCCACGUGAACGCUGUCGGCACCCCAGGCUCUGAGGGCCAGAGCAACAUCCAGGGCUUCUACAGGUUCCCCCUGGAUGAUGGCUCAAUCGGUGAGGUCAUCUACGUUGCUGACGAGUUCGGUUACCGCCCCGAGUCAGCCCUCAUCCCCACCCCUCCCCCUCUCCCCGCUCACGCAAUCGAGCAGAUCGCCUUCGCCGAAGAACUGCGUCGCCAGGGUGUUGAGUGGGACCAGUAUGGCUUCAGAAUCAACAGAAAGUGAGCGCCAUCGUAGUUUUAACGAGAUCCAAGAGGCUGUAUAGUACUGGCGAGGGCUUCACUUCACACGACGCACCGAGGAUGGCCGAAUUUUUCUUUUCUACGCCAUCUUGUAUUCGUCGUGUAGGAUGAUGGUAUCUACAGUAGUUUAACGCAGAACGCUUAUCGCACGAAUAUCUACAAACCAACACACAGACAUACAGACAGACAUUUGCCUAACUCAAAACCUAAGAAAAACAAUUAUAGUUUCUCAUAAACAUUUAAUACUGAUAGCUUUAAUACCUCAGCUGUUGUGUACACUUGGUUCACGUUCACUGACUACCCAUAAGAGAACAAAAUAAUACCUUUGAUUAACAUACAGUAGAAUUAUAUUUAUACUCAAUACCUGUGGUCUCUAGUAUACUCCACACAACCACAUCAUAUUAUAGAUACUGGGAGUGUUAGGGCGUAUUACUCUAAGGGGGUUCUGACAGCCAGCAUAUCGACCAUAACAGACUUAAGAGUUCAGAGAAGAAUCCCUAAAUAAUCCCUUUAAAAAUAGAACCUCCCCUUUCUCGAUAUGGAACCCCCUGAGAGAGAGAUUGCCCCCUCUCCCACCCCACUUACCCCACCUCCAGACCCCCUAACCACCCACCCUCAACCCCCCCUACCCCUAGCUAUUCCAUUCUCUGUGGUAGUUAAUAUCAGUGACGUAGAACCACCUCACCAACACAACCCACACAGCCGAGCGCACACACACACACACACACACACACACACACAUAUAUAUACACACACGAAAACCCAGCAGAAGUUAUAUGUGUCCAGGUAAAAGAUUUAUUUACGUGCUGUGCAUUUAAGUAAUAAAAGGUAACCUGACUCAUAA